CCUGAUUCAUUUAACAACAUCGGCAACUAUUCACACUCUUCGGAGGAUCCAACGCACCAAGCCGAACCAAUGUCUGCUCCUGAAUCGGUUGUUCAUGUGGCUUUCCUCCCAAGUGCUGGCAUGGGACACCUUAACCCAUGUCUGAGGAUAGCAGCAUUGUUCCUCCGCCAUGGUUGCAAAGUCACUCUCAUCACUCCCAAACCCACUGUUUCCACCGCAGAGUCUAACCUCAUCUCUCGCUUCUGUUCCUCUUUCACUCACCAAGUAACCCAAAUUGACUUAAACCUCACCACGGUGGAUCCAACCACGGUUAACACUAACGACCCUUUUUGGCUUCAGUACGAAACCAUUCGUCGUUCGGUUCAUCUUGUAGCUCCAAUCCUAUCUUCCCUUUCAACACCUCUCACUGCUUUCAUCUACGAUGUUUUCUUAAUCUCUCCCUUACUUCCAAUCACUCAGAAACUCUCUUGUCCACGUUACAUCUACUUCACCUCAGCAUCUAGAAUGCUCUCUUUCUUCGCACACCUUUCUGUUCUUACUGCUUCAGAUCCAACUUCACAACCACACCCUUCUUCAUUCAUUCGUGAUGUGGUUAAAAUCCCUGGCAUAGCAUCACCGAUACCAAGAUCCUCGCUCCCUCCUCCGCUCCUUCAACCUAACUCUCUCUUCGAGAGCAUGUUCAUGGAGGACAGUGGCAAACUCGCGAAGCUUGACGGGGUUUUCAUCAACUCGUUUGAAGAACUCGAAGGAGAGGCACUAGCAGCACUGAACCAAGGAAAAGUUGUUAAAGGGUUGCCUCCGGUGUACGGUGUUGGUCCCAUAAUGGCGUGUGAAUUUGAGAAUGAGGAACAAGGUCAAAGGGGUUGCAUGGGUUCGAUAUUGGAGUGGCUUGAUGGAAAAAGUGAAGGGUCGGUGGUGUAUGUUAGUUUGGGGAGCAGAACUGAGACGAGGAGGGAGCAGAUAAAAGACAUGGCUUUGGGUUUGAUAGAAAGUGGGUAUAGCUUUUUGUGGGUGGUGAAGUUGAAGGUUGUUGAUAAAGAAGAGGAGGAGGGUUUGGAGGAUGUGUUGGGGAGUGAGUUGAUGAAUAAGGUGAAGGAAAAGGGUGUGGUUGUGAAGGAGUUUGUGGAUCAGAUGGGGAUUCUAGGCCACCCUUCAGUGGGGGGCUUUGUGAGUCAUGGAGGGUGGAACUCAGUAAUAGAGAGUGUGUGGGAAGGAGUGCCUAUUCUGACAUGGCCUCAGGGUGGGGAUCAGAAGAUAACAUCAGAGGCAGUGAGGAUAAAUGGUGUGGGAAUUUGGCCUCAGGAGUGGGGGUGGGGAUCAGAGCAUGUUGUGAAAUGGAAAGAGAUUGCUGACAGAAUCAAAGAGAUGAUGGGGAAUGAAUCUCUGAGGGUCAAAGCCGAAGAAAUGAAGAAGGCUGCUAGAAAUGCUGCUGGUGUUGGUGGGAGUUGUGAGGUUAUUGUUAAGAAGCUAAUUGAUGAAUGGAAGAAAAAUGUUCAAGCUACCUGAGUAUGUUCUCAAGAUUAUCUACUUCCAAGUUCCAACUCUGAACAUGUUUUCUGAUUUAAAGAGAAAUAUUCUUCCAUCAACCAUCCCCACUUACUAGCUGACCAUUUUGUCAAUUUUGCUAAGGAUAUCUUGAAUGGGAGUUGUGUUUUUUCGUUUUUACUUGUUUUACCUAAAUUGCUAUGGUUUAGUUAGAUUUUAUAACUUAAAUUGUUAUGUUUAUUUGGCUAUCCAAACCAUAUUAAUUUUUAUUUAUUUUGACUUGCUACACUUAAAUGAUAUGGGGUAUUUAGAUUUUAUAAUUU